AUGUUACCGACGGAGAUGGUUCUGGUUAGUAACCACAAGAAGGUGCAGCAGGCCCAGAUACACGUUGGGAACAUAGUGCACUCGAAGAGAGCGCUCAAGUACCUCGGGGUGAUGGUGGAUGACCGGCUGAACUUCAACAGCCACGUCGAUUACGCCUGCGAGAGGGCGGCUAAGGCGAUCAUGGCACUGUCGAGGAUUAUGCCGAACAACGCUGGACCCAGGAGCAGUAGGCGCCGCCUCUUGGCAAGUGUCGCGACGUCCAUACUUAGGUACGGCGGACCGGUAUGGUGGACGGCGCUGGGGACGAAGCGAAAUCGAGCGCUGCUCGACAGAACGCAGAGACUGAUGGCCAUGCGGGUUGCAAGCGCGUACAGGACCAUUUCGUCGGAAGCAGUUGGCGUUAUAGCCGGAAUGAUCCCCAUCGGCAUCACACUGGAGGAGGACACCGUGCGCUACACCCGGAGAGGCACGAGAGGUAUCCGGGAAGCUGCGAAAGCCGAAUCGCUGGCAAGGUGGCAACGUGAGUGGGACACCACGGAGAAAGGCAGAUGGACGCAUCGGCUUAUCCCGUCCGUAUCCACGUGGGUGAGCAGAAGGCAUGGAGAGGUCACCUUCCACCUCACACAGUUCCUGUCGGGCCAUGGCUGCUUCAGGAAGUACCUGCACAGGUUCGGACAUGCAGAGUCUCCCUGUCCGGACUGCGUCGAUUGCGAGGAAACACCGGAGCACGUGACGGAGAUGAUACUGGUUAGUAACCACAAAAAGGUGCAGCAGGCCCAGAUACACGUUGGGGAACACGUAGUGCACUCGAAGAGAGCGCUCAAGUACCUCGGGGUGAUGGUGGAUGACCGGCUGAACUUCAACAGUCACGUCGAUUACGCCUGCGAGAAGGCGGCUAAGGCGAUCAUGGCACUGUCGAGGAUGAUGCCGAACAAUGCUGGACCCAGGAGCAGUAGGCGCCGCCUCUUGGCAAGUGUCGCGACGUCCAUACUUAGGUACGGCGGACCGGUAUGGUGGACGGCGCUGGGGACGAAGCGAAAUCGAGCGCUGCUCGACAGAACGCAGAGACUGAUGGCCAUGCGGGUUGCAAGCGCAUACAGGACCAUCUCGUCGGAAGCAGUUGGCGUCAUAGCCGGAAUGAUCCCCAUCGGCAUCACACUGGAGGAGGACACCGUGCGCUACACCCGAAGAGGCACGAGAGGUAUCCGGGAAGCUGCGAGAGCCGAAUCGCUGGCAAGAUGGCAACGUGAGUGGGACACCACGGAGAAAGGCAGAUGGACGCAUCGGCUUAUCCCGUCCGUAUCCACGUGGGUGAGCAGAAGGCACGGAGAGGUCACCUUCCACCUCACACAGUUCCUGUCGGGCCAUGGCUGCUUCAGGAAGUACCUGCACAGGUUCGGACAUUCAGAGUCUCCUCUCUGUCCGGAUUGCGACGAGUGCGAAGAAACACCGGAGCACGUGGUGUUCGCCUGCCUCGCUUCGAGACAGCGCGAAACGGAGAUGAUACUGGUCAGUAACCACAAAAAGGUGCAGCAGGCCCAGAUACACGUUGGAGAACACGUCGUGCACUCGAAGAGAGCGCUCAAGUACCUCGGGGUGAUGGUAGAUGACCGGCUGAACUUCAACAGCCACGUCGAUUACGCCUGCGAGAAGGCGGCUAAGGCGAUCAUGGCACUGUCGAGGAUUAUGCCGAACAACGCUGGACCCAGGAGCAGUAGGCGCCGCCUCUUGGCAAGUGUCGCGACGUCCAUACUUAGGUACGGCGGACCGGUAUGGUGGACGGCGCUGGGGACGAAGCGAAAUCGAGCGCUGCUCGACAGAACGCAGAGACUGAUGGCCAUGCGGGUUGCAAGCGCGUACAGGACCAUUUCGUCGGAAGCAGUUGGCGUCAUAGCCGGAAUGAUCCCCAUCGGCAUCACACUGGAGGAGGACACCGUGCGCUACACCCGGAGAGGCACGAGAGGUAUCCGGGAAGCUGCGAAAGCCGAAUCGCUGGCAAGGUGGCAACGUGAGUGGGACACCACGGAGAAAGGCAGAUGGACGCAUCGGCUUAUCCCGUCCGUAUCCACGUGGGUGAGCAGAAGGCAUGGAGAGGUCACCUUCCACCUCACACAGUUCCUGUCGGGCCAUGGCUGCUUCAGGAAGUACCUGCACAGGUUCGGACAUGCAGAGUCUCCUCUCUGUCCGGACUGCGUCGAUUGCGAGGAAACACCGGAGCACGUGAUGUAA